AUGACUUCCACUGAUAUUGAGGACAUAUCAAAAUUUCUUACCGACCUUUGGAAUAACACAGGGUAUAUCUCAGAUGGCGAAAUUAAGACUUCUAUCAAAUCAGCUCAAGAGCAUUUGAAGUCCCUAGAUAAAGAUAACCCUCAAAUACAAGCCAAGCUUAUUUUAAUGCCAUUUAUACAAGCAAUAACUGCCAGCGAUGCAUUGUCCUUCGUUUCUAUUAAAUUUUUCACAUUUUUAUAUUCGAAAUUACCAAAAACAUACUGGCCGAGUACAAAAGUCACUUCAAAGAUCGUUGCUAUUAUACUUGAUUCUCCCCAGUAUACUUCAGUUGAACGAUUAACAUUGUACAUCGAAUUACUAACUUCGAUUCUUGGUGCAGCCUAUUUAAUCAAAAUCGAACACAUUGAUUUGAUUUUCAGAAUCAUGUUCUAUCUAGUGCAUCAAUACGAUAACAUGCAAGACACAAAAAUUGCAUUUAAUUAUAAAACAUCGGUAUUAAAUGCAAUUAAAACAAUUCUUUUGAAAGAUACUCAAAUAACAAACAAAUUUGAAGAGCCUGCAUCUAAAGUUUAUGAGAUUUUACAAAAGAGAACCUUAGUUGAUUCAUAUCUUUUCCCUUUCAUUACAGAAUUCCCCGAAAACACUACAUCUUUACAAGUUUACCUCUCUGUUAUCAUUACAAGUGUUGUUUAUGCAUCCAAAUGUGAGAGUUCGACCGAUAAAAUCCGUUUAAUCACUUAUGACAUUCUUUUUACAAUUCUUGAAGAAUCAUCAUUGAUUAUUGAGCAUGAAUUCAUCAGGAAUGUUGUUCAAUCAUUGUAUUUCAAGUUCAUCAAAGUUAUGAUCCGUCAUUUCGACUUUUUCAUGUUAAGUCAGAUCUCAGGAAUGAUUGACAUCAUUUAUCUUCGAUUCAAAAAAUUCAGUCUUUCAAUCAUCAAUGAAUUAUUUGUAAAAGUACUAUUACCAUAUCAUACGAGUCACAAGAACACGAGAAUACCACAGAUUCUUUCUAAUUUGUCUGAAGACAGAUCUAUUCUUGUUGAUCUUUUCAUCAAUGAUCCAAAUAAAAGUAUUUUCAAAUUAAUCAUUGAAUGUAUGAUGAAAAACGUGAAAAAGAGAGAUCAUCCACCACGAUAUGGUGUUGUUUGUAUUUGUUCUAUUCUUAAUCAUCUUAUCGAUUACCAACCGAAAGUUGAAGAACCAAGCUUCUCCAAGAAUGAUUUAUAUUCUUAUUUCAAAUAUGAUCCAAGAAAAUCUAUUCAACAUUUUGUUAAGAAAGGAUAUUUCAAAGAGAAUGAUUUAGAUUCAUUGUCAUCAUUCUUAUAUACAGACAAGAAUUUGUUUAAAAACUCAAAAUCAUAUAUUUUGUGUCAAUACGGAAUCAAACUUACAAAGAAAUAUCUUGAACAAUUUAACAUGAAAGGAAAACCAUUAGGUGAAUGUUUUGUUGAAUUUUUCGGAUCAAUUGGUCUUUUAAUUCGUGUUCAAAACAUCGAAUUCUUUGUUAUUACGUUCAGUCAACACUAUUUCAAGGAAAACCUUCCGACUAAAUCAUACGAAGGUUUAUAUUCAUUGUGUUGGAAUUGUUUGUUACUUAACAACACAUUUAGAGAUCCUUCUUAUGAACAACCGAUGACAUUCGAAUCAUUUGUCCAUUUGAAUCAGAAGAUUGAUGGUGGACACAACAUUCCACAAGACAAACUUCGUGAAAUCUAUGAUUAUUUGAAGGCACACGAAGGAAUUGAUGUCAUUAAUCAUUUCUCUGUUAUGAAUAACUCAGAUUUUUAUACUCUUGAAAAGAAACACUUUGAUAUUGUUUGCAGUGAUAGUCCAAGUGAAGAUUCAUUUGUUGUCAUUGAUAGAAUGUUCUAUUCCAUCAAAGAUUACAUGUAUGAAACAUUCUACAAAGAAUUGAACAUGAGUAGAUUCGAAUCAAUUCAAAAGUCAUAUCGAAACAUUCUUAUCACAAUCUUCAAGUUCAGUGCAAGAAUUUGUGACAAGAAAUAUCAGAAUGAACUUCUUCAAUGCAUCAUUUCUAAGUCGAGACUUUGUAAAAAGCCAAAAGAUAUUUCGAACGAAGACAAACUCAUCAGCCGUCUUUUAUUCGAUGUAUCUUACAUUUGCCCACAGAGCAUCAUCGGUGAAUGGAAGACAAUUUUGACUGAAGCAUACGAAUACAGUCUUCUCGACAACAACUUUGUUCUUUUGAACAAUUUGAUUGAAUCUACAGCCAAUCUGAACAACGACCAACUUUCAGAGUUCAUUGAUGGCUUCUCAUACAUCAUUAACAAGGACAUAUACGAUGAAUCUAAACCUGUUCUCCUUUUCACGAAACUCGCUUCAAUUGUUGAAAGUAAUAUUGAUCGUCCGAUGCAUUUCCUCAUGAAUAUGUAUCCUAAAGUUUUCAAUGUUGUUUUCGAAUGUUGCCACAACAAGAACUACGACAACGUUAUUGAAAGCAUCAAAACAUUGAGUGUGAUCAUCGAUAUCCUCCUCAACAAGCACAAAUUCAACUUCUACAAGUACCAGAACACUUUCUUCGAUUCUUAUGUUCAAAUUUACAACAAACAGAACGACGAGAAAGUCAAAGUUUUCAUUGUUGACGAAGUUAUUCGUCUUGUUUUUAAGAACAUGAAACGAAUCAGAUUUGGUUUUGACUCUAUCUUUGUUUUGUUCAACAGAAGUUUGUCUGAUGGAAUUGGUAUUGAAUCACUUUGUGAUUUUGCUAUCAAAUCUUACGAAAUAACAACAUUUCUUCCAACUCUUUAUCCGGUAUAUAUGAAGUUCAUCGCGCUUUUCCUGGAUCAAUCUCUUCCUGAAAACAAAAUGAUUGAAAUAAUUGAUAUAUAUCCAGAGAUAAUAUCUCGAAUCGAUCAGAAACAGACAGAAUAUCUUAUUUGUGUUCUGAAAAACAUAAUGAAUACGAUCGAAAACGAAAGAUCGAGUGUUGAAAUGAAAAAGCAUUCACAGAAGGCAAUCAUUUAUCUUUUGAAAUCGAAAACAGUUUUUGUUGGCAAUUCAAGAGAUUAUUUCUUCGAAGAAGCGAUCAAACGAUGUUUCCCAGUUGAUAUCACAGAAAAGUCAACGAUAUCUGAAUUUUAUUCAUCUCUCAUUGAGAACAACACUGAAUUUUAUAUAUACAUAAACAGUGUUGUUUCAACAUUCUGUCGAUUGUUGAGUCAAGAUAAUCUUUAUGUGUUUGGUCUUUUGACAUCAUAUUUGUACUUGAACAAAGAACAUUUCGAUAUGAUUACUAAUGAUACGAUUUCUCUAAUUCAUUCUUCAAUAGACACUUUCUCAAAAUAUCCUGAAUCUCAAAAGUUAUCUUUAUUACUUUCUGAAAUUCAACAAUCAAAAUAA